AAAACAAAAGAAAUAAGUCCUUGACUGAAAAUACAUUGUUGCAAAAUGAGAAAAAUUUCCGAGACGCAGAUCAUCUGCCGUGUGACAGUGUGGGAAGAUGCAGUGGUACGUCGUUGCUGCGAUUCUCACCAUCCUCACCAGCUCUCAGGGAAUUUUGACUACAUUGUCACAGAGUAACGGAGGAUAUAAAUAUGACUAUGCAACUGUUCCUUUUCUUGCUGAAGUAUUCAAGCUUAUUGUAUCCAGUUUUUUUCUUUGGAGAGAGUUCCAGAGACCAACUCCUCCCAGAAUGACUACAGACUGGAAGAGUGUUCGUUUGUAUCCUAUUCCAUCUAUCAUAUACGUCAUCCACAAUAAUGUUCAAUUUGCUACCUUGACAUUCGUGGAUCCCUCCACAUAUCAGAUAAUGGGAAAUCUGAAGAUUGUCACAACUGGAAUUUUGUUCAGGAUGUUCUUGAAGAGGAAGCUUUCUAACUUGCAGUGGAUGGCAAUUGUUCUUUUGGCUGUGGGAACGACCACAAGCCAGGCUAAAGGCUGUGGAGAAGCUUCAUGUGACUCCCUCUUCUCAUCACCAAUUCAAGGUUACAUGUUAGGGAUAUUGUCUGCUUGUCUUUCCGCACUAGCUGGUGUUUAUACAGAAUUCUUGAUGAAGAAGAAUAAUGACAGCUUGUACUGGCAGAAUGUUCAAUUAUAUACGUUUGGUGCAAUUUUCAAUAUGGCACGCCUUCUCUUGGAUGAUUUCAGAGGUGGAUUUCAUAGAGGACCAUGGUGGCAACGGCUUUUCAAUGGAUACAGCAUUACAACGUGGAUGGUGGUGUUAAAUCUGGGUUCCACUGGCCUUCUUGUUUCCUGGUUGAUGAAAUAUGCUGACAACAUUGUAAAGGUAUAUUCCACAUCAAUGGCGAUGCUACUGACCAUGGUUUUAUCUACGUUGCUCUUUACUUUCAGGCCCACGUUGCAGCUCUUUUUGGGGAUUAUUAUCUGCAUGAUGUCGCUGCACCUGUAUUUUGCCCCUGUAAACAUGCUUCUGGAUUUGACUUCAACAGCAAAAGCAGCUUCUCAAACUGAUAUUGAAGCCUCUGUUGAUUGAAAAUCAGAAUCCUGAUGUAUCGUCUUCAUCAAAGCGAACAAUUCUUUGAAAGUGUUGUAAAAGGCGCGCCUAGGCGCAAGGCACAGCCUGUGCGACUUGUACAAGCCCAAGUGAGGCGCAUUCAAAGAGGCACAGUGGGGCGCGCACCUUAAGCGCUUAAGGCGCAAGGCAGAAGGCACAAAAAAAAGCGCGCUUUAUGCAUGAUUCUGUUUUUUGCUUUUGUUUAAUCCUAGCCGUCAGUUUUACUCUCUUUUUUGAGGUUUAUGAUUUAUGAUGUAAAUAUAUGUGCCAUCACACUGGAUUAAAACUCUCCAAAAAAAAAUAAAAAUACCAUGUUCUAAUAUUAUGCAAUAUAUGAAGAGAUAGUAAACUUUA